AAUUUUAAUUUAGUAUCAUUGAACCAUUCGCAUACUUAAUAAUAUCGCCUUUCCAAUGACCGCAAACUACAAAUAUUACAAAACGAAAAUCGUAGUUGUUAAAUUUGGCGGGAAAAGAAAGAAAGCAAGCUCGAGUUUUCUCAGUUGUAAACGCUGGCACAGAAGUUGGUGUUUCCCGCUGUUUGGAGCCGCUCGGUGGUUUCUUAUUUUAUUAGGCAUUCUAUACUUGAGAAAGAUCUGCGUGUUUUGAAGUUACUUGAUAAAAUGCCGCCCAAACGAAAGGCAAAGAAAGCCAGUGGAAAGACACCUGCUGCUGAAGACUCCAGCGUAGGCGACACUGCUGUAGAGGAUAAGCCUUCUCCAAGCAAGAAACAGAAGGUUGAGGAAGAUGGAGUAUCCGAAAAGAAGGGAAAAGGAGGGAAGGGAAAGAAAGCUCCCCUCAGGAAGGAGGACAUGAUCGAGAAUUUACCUGAGGGGACAGACACCUCGUUUCCCACGGAGGUCAAUCCAGACGCCAAGACUAAGGAUGGUAGAAAGUUCACUCUGAAGAUUGCGUCGUGGAACAUUAAUGGCAUUCGAGCAUGGUAUGACAAAGAUAAGAUGUCGUACAUGAAGGCUGAGAGCCCAGACAUUCUCUGUGUCCAGGAGACGAAGUGUAAGGAGGACCAGCUACCCCCCGGGGUCAUCGACAAGGACUACCACAUUUACUGGUCACCCGCAGAGAAGGCGGGCUAUGCAGGAACUGGACUGUACAGCAAAAAGAAACCCAUCAGUGUUACGUAUGGUCUGGGCAUCGCUGAACAUGAUGAAGAGGGUCGAGUAAUAACGGCUGAAUAUGAGAACUUUUUCCUUGUUACAGCUUAUGUCCCUAAUUCUGGUAAAGGAUUAGUUCGACUGAAGUACAGAGCAGAAAAAUGGGACUGUGAUUUUACAAAUUAUCUCAAAAAACUGGAUGCCAAGAAACCUGUCAUCAUGUGUGGAGACCUGAAUGUGUCCCACACCCCUGUAGAUCUGAAGAACCCAACCACUAACAGGAACAAGACCCCAGGCUACACAGAUCAGGAAAGGGAGGGGUUCACCAAGCUCCUGGGGGAGGGAUUUCUGGACUCCUUCCGCUUCCUGUACCCGAACGCCCGGGACUGCUGGUCAUUCUGGACAUACAUGAUGAACGCUAGGGGCAAGAACAUUGGUUGGCGCCUGGACUACUUCGUGAUUUCCCAGCGACUUCAGAAGGACCUGUGUGACAGCAUCAUUCAACAGAAAGUCAUGGGGAGUGACCACUGUCCAAUAAUGCUGCUAAUGGCUGGACUCAAGUAACAAGGACUGACCACUGGACAGGGAGAUUACUGGGGCUCCAAGGAAAAAACUGAUCAUCAAUUAGAAAGUAGAAUAUUUCCACUGAGUGAACAAUACCGAGAGCUUGAAAUGAGUAAUGAUGUGUUUGUUUACAUUGAUAUUUAGUAUUGUUAAUGACUUUUACACCAAAACCAUGUUUCCAGCUCUAGGUGUGGAUUCUGCAGGCUUUAAGCUGUGUGUAAAUUGUUUUUAAAAGUAUUCCUAUUGUAACAACUAAAGGAACUGCUUCUUGUAUUAAAUGCAUGUUCACCGAGAAAUGACUGUCAGAAGAAAGGUGGACAAUCAGUGUGUGCUGAGGGAAUAUGUGGAACAGAAACUAGGGUCAUAUCUGUGUACAGAAUAGUGAAGAAGUCUCGGUUAUAUUCACAUGUCCAAUGUUUUUACCUUUGAUAACUUUACCAGUUGAAAUGAUAGCCAUUUCCUCGUGAAUGUGAACAAUGUGCGUAUGAAUCUUAAUAAAUAUGGCAUGACUAUUUUAAAAGCUGGGAAUAUUCUAGCAUAAAUGAAAGUAAAAUGUCAAUCUAAAAAAUGAAUUUCAAUUUUGAAAAUACUUGAGGGUUUGAACAGCAAUACUUCAUGCCAGCACACUUUUCAUGAUACGCUAAUGCACUUUAUAGUACAGUAUGCUGGCUUAAGCCAUUGCAGUUCAUACCCUCAUGUAUUUUCAAAAAUGAAAUUGCUGAAAUACUUUCAACCAUUGCAGUAUUUAGUGUGUAUGAACUUCAUCAAAGCUCCAGGUAGCUCAGUAUUCCAUUGUAAGCUUCCAUUUUUUAUAUGGGAAGUAAUCCCUAAUGAUUGACAGCAGUAGUGAAUGACCACUUCUAGAAAUCUUGUUUCAAAUGUACACUGGUGUCUGCAUUGAUAAGCAUGCAUGAAUGUUCUGUAACUUUAACAUUGUAAUCAUGGACAUUUUUAAUGAAUUAUUGAUAUUUAUAUGAAUUUAAAGAAUGCAUGUUUUUUUCUUGAUAUAUUUCUGUUCCAAGUGCAAUGCAAGCAACUGAUGCAUGGAAGAAUAAAUAUUAAAGUGUACCCACUUUCACAAUGAUGUGCAACUAAACAGUGGGAUUUAUAAAAACAGUAGGCUUUUUUUUUAUGGAUUUACAGAAAGUAUUUGUUUUGCAUGUGUAGUAAGUUUUUAAUUUCUGUUGGAUAAUUUUUUUACGACUGAUACUUUUAGGUCUUAUAGAUGUACCUGAAUUGUUGUAGGUAAUAAAAAUGUAGAGAAAA